UUGUCACAAGUGCAUACAGGUGACCAGGGACGCUCCGAACUCCGCUGACAACAUCACAGCCAGCGGGACGAAAACAAUCAGCAGCUGGAGAGCCACGGGAGAGUAGCAGCCAUUCUACUGAAAUUAGAACACACAAAGACGCCUCUUUUAUUUAUUUCUAUUUUUUUGCGUAGUAUGUGUGUGAGGGUCCCAGCCUUUCCCGCGGACAGUAUCGGAGUGCACUGGUGGAAGAGACACCUAGUUUCCAGAACCUGACUCUAACUUCGUAUCGUCUGACCUUCAUAGCGGUUUGCAGCCCACCCUCUCCGGGGUGUCCAGAGAUGUAGAGAGCAGCGUGAGGAGCACAGCCCCAUCUUUCCCAGCAGCACUUUCUCACCAAGAGCUUCCUCACUCUCUCGGGCUGGACUGCAGUGCGUCUGCGUCGGCUCGCCCUCCCCUCCCCCCUCGCCCCCCAGCCAUGGCCUCACGAAUAGGGCUGCGGCUGCAGCUGAUGCGAGACCAGCUGCAGCAGGAGGAGCAGCGGGAGCGGCAACUGCAGCAGAAUGCGGCGCUGCAGUACAUGCAACAGCAACGUAUGUCUGCCCCAGCACCCAGCCCUGCCAUCAACGCUCCACAACACUGCCAGAGCAUGCAGGUGCCUGUGGAGGUCCUCAAGGUGCAGACUCACCUGGAGAACCCUACAGACUACCACAUUCGCCAGUCCCAGAGACAACAGGUGAAGGAGUACCUCUCCACCACCUACGCCACCAAGCAGACGGUGCAUGCAGUAACAGGGGUGGUCCAGCCAUCCCCUCCCCCCACUCUGGCCCCCCCGGGGGCCUCUUCCUCGGCCCCCCCUCCUCUCCACUCCCCCCGGCUCCGUACGGAGCAGCUCAUCACAGGAAACAGCGCACCCAACAGCCCUAUGGCCAUGCUCAACAUCGGCUCCAGCCACGAGAACGAGGUACACGAGAUGGAUGAGGUCAUCGAUGACAUCAUCAGCAUGCAGUCGAGCUAUGAUGACAUCCAGCAGUACAUUGACCCUGUUCAGAUGUCCAACACACUCCCUCUGUCCAGCAGUCACCUGGACGUGUACACGGGCCCUGGGAUGACCGGUCAAUCCAUCGCCAUGACCAGCAACUCCUGCCCUGCCAACCUGGCCAUCAAACGAGAGCUGACGGAUGCAGAAGCCCGUGCGAUGGCCAAGGAGAGACAGAAGAAAGACAACCACAACCUGAUUGAGAGAAGGAGGAGGUUCAACAUCAACGACCGGAUUAAAGAGCUGGGCGGUAUGAUCCCCAAAACCAAUGACCUGGACGUGCGCUGGAAUAAGGGCACUAUUCUGAGGGCCUCCGUAGAGUACAUCAAGCGGAUGCAGAAGGACAUGCAGAGGACCAGAGAGGUGGAGAACAACUUCAAGAGGAUGGAGAUGGCCAACAAACAGCUGUGGCUGCGCAUCCAGGAGUUGGAGAUGCAGGCUCGUCUGCACGGCCUCCCCAGCUCCUCUCCCUCUGGGAUGGGUUCUGGUGACCUGAUGGGUUCCUACGUCAAACAGGAGACCAGCCCUGAGGAGAAGCUCCACCAGCAGCAGGCUCAGGCCCAGGGCCAGCAACAUCUCCACCACCCCCAGUCCCACCACCUCCAGCCUCAGCAGGGCCAGCUCAGGCAGCUGCCCCCUUUGCCCCCUCACCUCCAGCCCCAGCUUCCCCUCCAGUACUCAGCCGUGGGCAGCUCCCAGCCCUUUGACUUUGCCCAGUCGCUGGACUUGUGUGACGGGGUGCCUGGCUUCCCAGAGGGCCUGUCGGGGCUAGGGGAGCUGGGCGGCCUUGGUACCCAGGGAAGGAGAGGCGAGCUGGGCUUCCUGAUGAUGGACGAGCCCCUGUCUCCUCUGGGUGGAGACCCCCUGCUCUCUGCCAUGUCCCCUGAGGCCUCGGUCGACUCCAGCCGCAGAUCCAGCUUCAGCAUAGAGGAUGCAGAUAUACUGUAGAUGGAUUAUACACACACACACUGUAGAACCACACACAUAGUGUGUACACACACACACACAUAUGGUACGUAAUGUACACAGUAGAAAUAGACCCAGAGCACUGAUAUACUGUGACAUGUGUAUGCUCUGUUCAACAACCCUGCCAGCAUACAUUUGCACUCUAAACUCCCUCACACACACUCCAAGCACGCUGUACAAACACUGAUACACACUUACACACACAAACUUGACAUUCUCAUAGAUGCACACCCUUUCUUAGCACUCGUAUAGAUACACAUUCAACAGCAAUAUGAGAAAUGAAACCACGUUUCAGAUUGAAAUAAUUGUGUCCUACCACUGUAAAUAUCAGAGCACCUCUGAAUGAUAAACAAUCUAUUACACGCAUGCACACACACACACACACACACGCGCACAGCAUAGACAAAUUCUAGUUCACUCUAACACAGAAGAGCCCCUGUUAUUUGAAGGGAAAUAUGUGAGGCACUGACAAAGGUUUGAGACACACAGACCUCGACCCCUUACUUUGUAAAACACACUGGCAUGACCUCGAGUCUGCAAGCUACUGCCUUCUCCUGUGUCACCUAUGACCUUUAGCCUUGUGGGUACUGCCAAGUCCACUCCAUGACCUCUGACCCCUGUGUGAACUCUGAAAGUUGAGGAGAGAGGUGUUGUAGCGAUGCAAGGGGUUAUAUAGCUCCACAGGUUUCUAAGUAGUGCCACUGUGUAGCAUCAUAGGGUGCUAUGUAGCGACUCAGGAUCUUCUGUAUCCCUGACCCAAACCUGCCAAUGGGCCUUGUGUUAGCCACCUGAAGCCCCACUCUCUCUGGCUGAGAUGGAGGGUGGGGAGAGGAGAGGGUGGGAGAGGGUUGUCUUUUAGUAAGUUGUACUGUAUAGUUAGGAGAGAGAGGAGCAGUCAUAGAGAUUGGCUUAGAUAACCCAGUAAUGUCAUUGUCUCCACUGUAACACACACACACACACACACACACACACACACACACACACACACACACACACACACACACACACACACACACACACACACACACACACACACACACACACACACACACACACACACACACACACACACAGCAGUGUGCCUUGAGGCUGUGUUCAAAUCAAGACUUUGAGCGAGACUUCAGUACCUCACCCAGUCUGUGCUUGUAGAACUGUCAGCUUUGGGUCAACCAGGUUAAACUAGACACUCACCAGGUACUAACCAAACCAACUCUGUAGAAACCAAACUACGGCCGUACAAUACAUAAAUAUAAUAACAGGUAAACAAAUGACUUUCAGAUUUGGGUGAGGGACUGAGGGCAACGCUUUGAUUUGAUAUGGCUUAUGAUCAGUACAGAAAAAAGGAUGAAAAAUUAUGAUUUUAAAGGUAUUUGUUUGUAUUCUAUUAUAGUUUGUUGCUGUAUUUGAUUUGAUCUCCCAAUGCACUGGAACCUAUAUUAUUUAAUUGACUUUGUACAUGAAAUAAUUUUCAGUUUUAUGCCACUUAAAAUGUAUUUUAUUUGUAUUUGUGCUUUUUAUUUUAUUUUAUUCCUAAAGUACCUUUUUCUCUAAUAGCCAUUUAAAAGUGAAAGUAUUUAAGCCACUUGCGUGACAGUGUACGACCAGUGGGGAGCCAUAUUCUAUACUUGUCUUUGUGUAAGAGUUGUUCACAUUUCACCAGGCUUUGAAGAGUUUAGAAGAUCGUGUUAAUUUACAGAAUGAUGUCAUUUUUAUAUUGAUUGGGAUUUUCUCUCUUUUUUAACCUAUAGAAAUUGGAGCCAGAGACUAAGUUGAGAGGUGAUUUUAUUUGAUUUUAUUAAGUUUUAAUUGUGAUUUUUGUGAAUGUGAAGAUGGCCUGUACUGGUACCAAGCCAAACCCAAGCAACACAAGAACAGGGUAUUUUCCUUCAUGGUGCCACUUUUGACCCGACUUUGGUUUCCAUUUAGACUACUUCCUUCUGAUGGAACUCAGAACUACCAUCGAGGAGUUCUGUUGCCAUAGCGUUGGCAUAGCCUUGAACAAACCUGACUUUCUCUCUGUCUGC